GAAUGUAAACAGACACAUGGAGCCACUCUUAGCCAAGUUGAUGGAUCGGACUUCAGAACCUGAACAAAGGCAAGACAAGUCAGAUGGCACUGCACCUGUUCUCUGUUCUCCAGAUGGAGUCAGUAAGCCAAUCCGCAUGCCAAAAUUUCUGUCUACACUAGUCAUGCAGAACUGUGACGAGGACACUACUAGCAGGAAACGUCAAAAAGUCUUUAAUGGACCUUUGUGUUCCAACAUAAUUCCUCAACACAUGUAUGUUACCAAACAGGAAGGCCAGAGAACUGAUGAACGAUUCUCCAGCAGAGAUACAGUGCCUCCUGAAGGUCACAGCAUACCAACAGAACACUACUGGGCCACACGGUCUGCUAGUAGGGUGACUUCCCUUUACGCAGAGCUAGUUCGGGAGCUGGAGACACAAGUUUCAGAUCUGCGUCAGAUCCUGGUGUCACGAGAUGAAGCAGUUGCUUUGCGAGAAUGGAGGAUACAGGAACUUGAGAAGGAAAAUCAAGAAUUAAGGAGACACAUUCAGACACUGGAAGAACAGAAUGAUGCACUCUCACAUAGCGAUAUAAGUGUUACGAAAGAAGGUGGACGGCUCUUGGGAUCUGAUGGCAACUGUGUGGUUAUCAAUGACAAUAACAUAUCCUUCUUAAGAAGCCUGGCAGGAUUUCUGGAAACAAGUUACAGUUCUCAGAGUUCUACUCCACAAUUGGUGUCAACACCUAUCCCAACUGAUGAAAACAAACACCCAUCAACGGAAAGACUAUCUUCCCCUGUUACACUUUCUCUAUCAGAGACAGGUCAGCCCAACUCACCUGCAGCAGUGACCAGCUCACCUCCAGAAGGAAUGCUGCGGGUAAGUGGCGUGACAAGUGGCUUUCAGUACUGGAUGAAGAUGGAUGAUGGUGGAGAGAAUGCCGGACCUGAAUCUUGUGCGCUGUGGGAGGAACCAUUACAGGAGACAUUGCCAGAUGGUACCCCUACAUGGGCAUCACCCAUAGAGAGUAAUGGCCGCCCGAAAUUGGAGUUGGUUCCUGCCUCUGGGGUGUAUAUCACAUACCAGCAGCUGGAGGAUCUCUCCCACAUCCCUCCAGAUAAGCCCAAGCUGAUGACUAGGCGCCUGCUUGAUUACUUCUUCUCUCGAGAAACCUUGGCACGAUCUUCAGCCACCGGGCAAAGAAUUGCUCAUAACAACACUACUAUGGAGAAACCAUUGCGGUUACCUGAUGCAGUGGUAACUGCAAUUAAAGCAUAUGUGACAAGAGCCUGUGGUCGUGGCUGUAACUUUAACGCAGUUAUAAACAGCAAGUGCGGAACCUCUCGACGGGCUGUAAAAAAGAUGUCUAUUCGCAUUGACUGGACAGAAGGAGGAGCAAAACACUGCCCAAAACCAGCAACAUCACCAACACAGAAACUACAGUGUCUCAGUGAAAAGGCCCCACUGCCUGGUACAAAGGGAACAGAUCAACCAGUCUCACAUAAUGUGCUACAAACCAGCUGAGUAUUGCUGCUGCAUGCAAGGACUUGUCAUGAUUCAGACUAUAGCACAUUUGGAUGAUUUCUGACCGCAGUAUGGGGG